AUGGCUUCUCCCUCCCUCUCCCUCUCCCUCACCUCCGCCAUCCUCUUCUCUCUCAUUCUCAUCUCCACCACCUCCUCCUCCGACCAUCAAUUUGAGCUCUUCGACCUCCACCAACCUCCUCAACUCUCCUUUCCCACCACACACCACCAACCACAUCCCCCCUCUCUCUCCCUAACCCUCCACCCCCGCUCCUCCCUCCAUCCCGCCACCGCCAACUACACCGCCCUCACCCUCUCCCGCCUCACCCGCGACCAGGCCCGUGUCCACUCCCUCCUCCUCCGCCACUCCCUCGCCCUCUCCGCCACCUCCACAUCCGACCUCCCCCCGCUGGAGAUCCAGUCCCCCGUCACCUCCGGCAUCCGCCUCGGCGUCGGCCGCCCCGCUAAAAACUUCUACAUGGUCCUCGACAGCGGCAGCGACGUCACCUGGCUCCAAUGCCGCCCCUGCGCCGCCUGCUACAACCAGUCUGACCCCAUUUUCAACCCCUCCGCCUCCUCCACCUACCGCCCCCUCCCCUGCGCCUCCCCCCAGUGCUCCACCCUCGACACCUCCGCCUGCCGCACCAACGCCUGCCUCUACCAGGUUGAUAGAAAAUAA